AUGUCAUCCAGAUCCACUGAAUCUCCCUCACCACACCGCCGAAACUCACCAGAUUCUUACCAACUGGCGGUGAAGGGCCUCGAACAAGAAAAACAGAUGGUGGCUGCGCUUAAGCGUCUUUCCAUCGGCCACUUGAUGAACCAUGACCCAGACUUGCCUGUCCCGGAGGCUGAAUUGCAUAUGUUUGACCUGGAAAACCAUGACGACUCCACAUUUUCAGGCGACUCCUUGUCUUUGUCCAAGACUCCGUCUCCUCAGACUUCCGACUCCAACAUACUGGCCCAGCUUUCCCUCAAAGACUCCGAAGUGCCAUCUUCAUACUCCCACUCGGCAGCUAGACGCUCUCGCUUGAUGGACCAGGAGUUCGUUGACGCAAAUAGUGAACUCAGCCAGGAAAAUAUCGACGUGGACUUGCUUUGGGUCCCUGCUAACUUGCACCCGGAGGUCAACCCCCAGCAAUUCAAAAAUCACGUUAAAAGCACUAUCGAUGAGCUUUUGGAGCGCAAGUUGUCAAGAAGUAAGUCGGCCAAGCGAUCGAAGAGAUCCAGUCUCUCUCUCUCCACUACAGAUCAGGACCAACUUACCCAGGCCAUCAACAGAUCCAAAUCGGGCAAAGAAUCGGAUUUCGAUAACUCCAACAGGUUCAGCAAUCCAUCUCUUCGUGAACUUAGCACUGAAUUAGAAGCGCUUUCCCGAAUGGCAGGAAUGGACUCCAAUGACGCCGUCACCUUAGCUCGUUCCCUCUCCACAUCAUCUUUGGGAUAUACGGAUGUGGAAAAACUCGCAUUUGAUGAGAUGAACUCGCCCAACCGAUCCUCUCCCACGUCCAAUCAGGCUGAACUCUUAGACUUUGGAGUCGACGAAACAUCACCAACUUCUCGAAAGUCAUACGUUAUGUCAAACCAAAUGAUGGGCCAGGUUCCAGUGUUCCAAGGAUAUCCUCAACAGUCUCGCCAGAGACGUGCGUCUCCAUCAAGUAGACUGCUGUCCAGACAACCUAUUCAUGAAUCCAGCACAAGAGUCAAUCCUCAACAGUACGGCGAAGACUUCACUUUGAAGCGCAGUCGUCGUUUGGAUUACCGCAAAGGUCCAUCAUCAACUCCCAGACAGUUGGGUUCUCAAUUACAGAAUCACAAGGCUGAAAAGCUUGCUGAGUUGAGACACAACCUCUCGGGGACAUCGUUGCCAAUUACUGGAGCAUCAGGAGAUCUAUUGAGUGUGGAGAACUCUAGCAAGUCCUCCAGAUUGAGCAUUCAAAGCAUAAACCCUAGAAGCUCUCAGAUCCUUUUCAGUUACAAGUCUCCUUCCGGAGGUUCAUCAUCAAGAGAUUCGCUCAGUUCGUCUUCUAGAGAAUCACAGACAGCGUCAAUGCGCAAAGUGAGGGACUCUCCAUAUGGUGCAGCGUCAUCGUCUUCUGCUUCGCUUGAAAACCAUUUGCAUCACACCAAAUAUGGUCAUCAAAAUCCAAAGCAUACAAACUCAGCUUCUUCUAAGGGCAGAAGUCACACUACUUAUCAAGGAGAGAAACAGCGAUCCUCCCGGAAAGUUUCGCCAUCCACAGCAUAUCCAAUGGAUUCUAGGCCCUUGAAAUCCUCUCAUUCAUCUCAAGUUCCUCAUCAAUCGCGUCAAAGAAAGGUCUCUCCCUUCAAUCAAAAUGCUCCAUAUCCUCAGCAGGCUCAGAAUAUACCUCCUGCUCAAUCUUAUCCACUGCAAAAGAAUGCUCAAAAUGCGUAUCCUUCUCAUAAUGUUCCACAUCAGCACUCGCGGAGUACUCACCAACAAAUGUUGCAAGUCAAGGGCCAGUCUGGUGUUGCAGUUGUGCCUCAGACUGGCACCCGUCGUCAACAUGGCGACGAAGAUCGAGGCAAUCCAUUUUAUACCUCUCGAAUGGGCCUUUCUAAGAGAGAUAAAUCGAAAGAGCUCAAUCAGAAUUUGGAUCUUUUAAGAAAUGAGAUCAAUGAGUUCAAAGAGAGUUUAUCUAAGUCUGAUCCAAAAGAGGGUCUAGCCAAAGAAGCACAAAAGGAUGUAGCUCCAGUCAGGCAAGCUCAAAAAGAGAGAGUCCAGGAGACACCAGAUUUCAGUUUUGAUCUUUCCUCACACGAUGUGAGUUACGAAGAUUCACUUGGAAUGGAGCAGGAUGUUCUAACAGAACUUGCCACUGAGACGGAAGGGCCGGGCCGUGGAGCAACUGUCAAGACCACCCCAAGAACCACUUCUAGAAAAACACCAAGCAGUAGUGUCUACACACCUGAGCCUACUGUGGAUACCAAGCAAUCUCCUGUGGAUAUAACUCCUCCAACCUCGGAAUCUAACAAUUUACAUGCGUUGUCAACUGAACCUGAGAUCAAAACCGACACGGAAUUGGUGACUGAUGGUAGAGAUGAGCAAAGACCCUCUUUGAAACUGAUGGUCAGCCUAGAAGACUUAUCGACGGACCAGGAUUUGCAUCAUGAGAAGACUGAGAUGGUGAAAGAAUCAUACCAGCCCAGUCACGAGCGAGCUUCCGGAAACAAAGUAGACGAAGUGCCCAAGACGGCCAAUGAGCCAGUUAUGACGGCUACAUCAAGGUCCGAUGCAUCAAUGAAGAAGAAGAAAUCAUUUGGUUCAUUGGCAGCCAAGGCAGAUUCAGAUAAGAAGAAAACAGGAAAAAAAUCUUGGUUGUGGUCCAGAGAUCGUUCGGUUAGUGCUACUUCGACUAUCGAAGAAAAGACUAACAAUGGUCCAGCUCGUUCUGUUUCGUCUCCAGAAAUCAAUUCUACUAAGAGAGAGCUUCCCAAGAAAGAUGAGGCGACAGGAAAGGAGAAUGUCAUUACUAAGCUUUUCAAGAAAAAGAGAAGCAAUUCUGUCUCUAGCGAGAAAUCAAGUACGCAAAUAUCUCCUCGUAAUCUGUUUUCCGACAAUGUGGAUACUUCAGACACUACAGAUGUUGCUUCGAGGAUCAGCGCCAAGUCUAACCACAGUAAAGAGUCUAAGGAGACAGUGGUGGAUCUGAAGUCUGAUAGUCGGAAAGCAAGACAAGAGGAAUCCAGCCAUCACUCUAAGAGUGACGAAACGGUGACUUCUAGAAUUAAAAACAAGUUCAAACAAAUCGGCAAGAGCCACGAAGAGAAGGCAGAACCUCUAGUCGAGGACACUAUUCCUGAGGUGGAAGAAGAAAGUCCAGAAGAGGCUAAGCCGCAAUCUACAUUGGAAGUUCAGGAAAAGCUCAAGAAGACUAUCAAGCGGACAUCCAAGCCAAAUCAGCCGAUUCAAUUCACGGAUUCAGCAUUUGGAUUUCCCUUGCCACCUCCUUCUCAUUCAACGCUUGUGAUGAUCGACUACCGUUUCCCUGUUCACGUGGAGCGUGCAAUUUAUCGGUUGUCCCAUCUUAAGUUAGCUAACCCCAAGCGGUCUCUACGCGAGCAAGUGCUUCUCUCAAACUUCAUGUAUGCAUACUUGAACUUAGUGGAUCAUACGUUGCAUUUAGAGCAACAGAUGGAACUGGAAGAAAACCUUGAACAGCCUGAUAACGAUAUGGAUAUGUUUACACCGGACGAGGCCGAUACCGAGUUCGAGACCGAUGACGAUCUUGACGAAGGUGCAUUCGACAGCAUCAAACUCGACUUAGACGUCCAAGACACACAAAAAAUAUUAGUCUAA